GGUUUUGAUAAGAACAUGCCUUGCACCUGGAGGAACUGGAGGCGAUGGAUCCGGCCCCUCGUGGUGUUUCUCUACCUGGUGGCCUUAGUCGUCUCUCUACCCCUGUGCGUGUGGGAGCUGCAAAAAUUAGAGGUUGGGAUACACACAAAAGCAUGGUUUAUUGCUGGAAUCUUUUUACUAAUGACUGUACCAAUAUCUUUCUGGGGGAUUUUGCAACACUUGGUGCAUUACACUCAGCCAGAACUCCAGAAGCCAAUAAUAAGGAUACUUUGGAUGGUGCCCAUAUACAGCUUAGAUAGUUGGAUUGCUCUGAAAUAUCCCACCAUUGCAAUCUAUGUGGAUACUUGCCGAGAAUGCUAUGAAGCCUAUGUCAUAUACAGUUUCAUGGGAUUCCUUUCCAAUUAUCUGACUAAUCGGUAUCCAAACCUGGUAUUAAUCCUUGAAGCCAAAGAUCAGCAGAAACAUUUGCCUCCUUUCUGCUGCUGUCCAGCAUGGGCAAUGGGAGAAGUAUUAUUGUUCAGAUGCAAACUCGGUGUGUUGCAAUAUACUGUCGUCAGACCAUUCACAACUAUUAUAGCCCUAAUCUGUGAACUGCUUGGUGUAUAUGAUGAAGGGAACUUUAGCUUUAAAAAUGCUUGGACUUACUUAGUUAUAUUCAACAAUGUCUCACAGCUGUUUGCAAUGUAUUGCCUUGUGCUGUUUUAUAAAGUGCUGAGGGAAGAACUGAAUCCAAUUCAGCCUGUUGGCAAAUUUCUUUGUGUAAAGAUGGUUGUUUUUGUUUCCUUCUGGCAAGCAGCAAUUAUUGCCUUGUUGGUAAAAGUUGGUGUUAUUUCUGAAAAGCAUACCUGGGAAUGGCAGACAGUAGAAGCUGUGGCUACAGGUCUACAAGAUUUCGUUAUCUGUGUUGAGAUGUUCUUUGCUGCUAUUGCUCAUCACUACAGCUUUUCCUACAAACCCUAUGUGCAGGAGGCAGAAGAAGGCUCGUGCUUUGAUUCCUUUCUUGCAAUGUGGGACAUUUCAGACAUUAGAGAUGACAUAUCUGAACAAGUAAGAAAUGUUGGAAGGACCGUAUUGGGACAUCGUACUAAAAAGUUUUUUUCUGAUGAGGAACAAAACGAAAAUACAAGUUUAUUAUCAUCGUCUCAAGACCAGAUUUCUGUUGCUUCUAUACCAUCUUCACCCUUGGGUCACUACCAAGGUUUUGGCCACACUGUAACACCACAGACUACACCUACCAGUGAUUCUAAGAUGCCUGAUGAAACAUACAGUGCUAUCACAGGAGGAAAUGAAGAACCGUCACCUAGGUAUAAGUCUGUGGCCUCCUGAACAUUCAGAGAAAUACUAUUUUUUCUGUCCUGCCAUGUUAUUUCAUAACCUGGUGUCUUAUCACUCAUUAAUUUUGUGCUUGGGACAACACUAAACUGCAAUGGAAAAUUCGAGCACAGGGAUUGUUAGGGAAAGCCAGGAUGUGUAUAAAGGUAGAGUCGAAUUGAAAACUGAGGUGAGCAUAUUUUGUAUAUCAAAUAAUCAGUCUAAAUUUCCUAAGACUUGAUUUAUUCUCAAUGUCAGAAAAUGGCAAAAAUAAGAAAAUAACUGCAACUGUUAAUGGAUGUUAAACUGCUCUGUCAAAUAGAUGGAACUGAAAAUCAAUGUUUUCUGCCCCUGCUGCAUGGAAUAGAAUGCUGCUGAAUUAACCUGAAGAAUGGACUUCAUAAACAAUUAGGUAAAUGAAUUAGUGCGGCUGAAUCAUAAUUAAAGUUAAUGGUUACUUAUGUAGGUUGUACUUACAUAACAUUUAAACACUAGAUUUUAUUCCAUUCAAUAAAAGAAUAAACUUCUAACCUA